AUCUUGAUGUCUUACAUACAGUGCAAGUAUGAACAUUGAGUCCCUUUUGUCGCAUUAACACCUAAUGCACAAAGAAGAAAAAGUUGAAUAAUCACAUUCAGCAAUAGGGUAGGUAUAUAUGCAGUUUACAUUCAAAAUAGUAGGCAGAUCUUCAGUAAGUUGCAAACCAAUGAUUGUAGGAAAUAUACGUCGUUGUAACUAAAUUAUGCAUUGAUUCACUCAUGAAAGAAAAAAGUAGUAGCCACUUAUGCUUGAUAUGCAUUGAUAGAGGUUUCAAUUCAUUUCCAUUAACAUGAAAUUGUAAAGGAGAGAUACAUUUAGGAUUAUCUAAGAGAUAUUAAGAGCACUUGUGAAACUAAAAUCAAUCACUAGAGUUGUACUAAAGAAAGAGCCAAGGUCUAUGGAUACAUAAAAAAUAGUGCUAUAUUCAUAAUAUAAAUGGAUGAUGGGAUGGGUCUAUAAUAGAGAUUAUGAACAUUAUGAUUGGAAGACAUUCCAAAAAAUGCAGCCUAUCUAUGUAGAACGAUGACAACAACAAUAAAUCCUUUUGUUUUUAUAUUGUGGAGUUAUUUUUGCAAUUUUAUACACAAUUAAUUCAGGUCAAGAGAGUGGUGCAAGUGUUACCCUAAGUGUUAGUUGUACUAACCGAAUAUGAAGAUUUUUUUAUUGAUAUCAAAAAACAGAAGAGGUCAGCAGUCAAUUCAAUUAGGUAAAAUAUGCGUUUCCCACUUAUAAAACUACAAGGUGAAUCCUUUUUUAAUUUAAUAGCAUAAAGGAAACUUUGCUGAAGAUUUACUGACACCAACAAUUGUGCACUGUUCACAAAUGAUUGUGGCACAAGGGGAAUAUCAUGGCUUUAUAGUAUUCAUAAGAGAUUCUGAUGAUUUUACGAUAUUCUACAAUAAAGUUUACAAUGCCAGUUAUCCAGAUGAUUUCAGUGACACAGGACUUAAAUUUGCAUUUAUUUAGAAAGCACAUGUUAAAUGUUAGGAUGAACCUGAUUCCAUAUAUUAUUAUUGGACUAAGCAUGUAGUUAUAAUAUCCAAUAACAUGCCUAAGCUAUACUCAUAAGAAGAGCAUUUAGUGAAGGUGUGUAUACAUGAAGAGCAUGCGUCACAAUCUAAAUGGCUUGAGAGAAAUCUUUGGUUACACUUAACAAUAAUAUUGAUAUAUAUAUUUUAUGAUUAUUAUUUAGGUUGA